CAAACUAGAACCGUCACAACAACGGAACCAAGUCCCUAUAAAUUCUAUCCACACCUAUCGCAGAAGCAGACAGUAUGCUCUCUACCCUUAACCGCCUCUCCAACUCCCUCCCCUCCGCCGCGCGACUCCCAACCCCAAGAACCUCCGCUCUUCUCCUCCUCAGCAUCCUCCCGCUCGCCGCCCCAGCAGCGUGUUUGCUCUACCUCCGCCUCACCACAGUCCGAUACAUAACUUCUUCAACAGGCCGCUACCGCCGCCCUCCAACAGCGGACAAAUCCAAAUCCAGCGCCCCAUCAUCUUCAACCUCGUCGACUCCACCUCACCUACCCCUGCCCCCACUUACCCUCCCGGCUCACCUCACCACCUCUCCGGCUCACACAAUCAUUUACGAGCGUGUAACCAGUCUCCCCAUCCCCCUUUCAUCCCUCAACAGCGCCGCCUCAACCCCAGCCACAACCACGACCACCACCCCGGCCCUCCUGACAACCUACCUCCGCACAACAAUGAAAGUUUUCAGUCGCACGCCGCAGGCAUACGUGAUUCGUUCGGCUCUGAAGGGGAACCCCGCCCACGCUACGUUCGAUGACGCCUGCAUUGAUGCGUUGGAGUUCGUGCCUGGUGAUAGGGUUAAUGGGGCGUAUGUGGUUAUGUAUCGCGGGGAGGGCCCGGAGCAGGAUGGGAGUGGGAGCAGGGGCGGGAAGAACUCGGCAGGUUGGUGUGAGAGAGUGGAGAUGAGACUGGAGACACCUGCGGGGUAUACGGGGCCCGGACAGGGUGUGGAGGGGGUCAUCGUUGUGGGUGUUGAGGGGGUAGGGGAAGGAGAACAGGGGGGCAUUUUGCUUGUUAAUGAGACGUGGAUGUGGAGGGGACAGGCGGAGAAACCGGUUAUGUUGGAGAGUGUGGUUGGGAGGUGGCUGCAUGGGCUUUUUGCUGGGUGGCUGGUUGUUAAAGGGAUGCGAGCCAUUACGGUGUGAUUGACCGGUAUGUUAUCUAUAUACCCUCAGUUCUUCACCACUUUGCAUACAAUCAAUCAAGCACAAGAAGAAAUUCAUGUUUAUUCAAAUGGCGGUACAAAUAAUUCAUUCCAGUGCACCACCACAGUUAUACAUGUUGCACGAAUCAGUUAAACUCG